AUGGAGAAAAACGAAAUUAGAGCUGUCAUCAAGUACCUCUGUUUGAAAAAAAUGUCUUCAAAAGACAUACACAGUGACUUAGUGGAAACAUUGGGAGACUCUGCUCCUCCAUAUUCUACAGUUGCACGCUGGGCCAAGGAGUUUAAACUGGGCAGAACAUCCACUGAAGAUGAACAUCGCGAAGGACGCCCAUCCACAUCCCUCACUGAAGACAACGUGAAAAAAGUCGAAGAUGUUGUGUUGGCAGAUCGAAGAAUAACCAUCAGGCAUGUAGCUGAGGUCACAGGGAUCUCAUAUGGCAGCGUUCAAAGAAUCCUUGCGAACGAGUUGCAUAUGAAAAAGGUCUCUGCGCGUUGGGUACCCAGAAUGUUAACCGACGAGCAAAAGAAAAAUCGAGUUGACAUUUCGAGGAUCAAUCUCGAAAAGUUCCAAGCAGAUCAAGAAAAUUUUUUGUUCCGUUUUGUGACUAUGGAUAAGACCUGGAUCCACCAUAUUGAUCCUGAAACGAAACAAAAAUCGAUAACUUGGAAGGGAGCCUCCUCACCGACGCCGAAGAAAUUCAAAGUUUCGAGUUCGGCGGGAAAGGUUAUGGCAUCUGUUUUUGGGACGCUCAAGGCAUAA